AUGGCUGCCUCGGUCACCGCCAAAAUGGCGUCCAAGGGUGGAGGGCUGUUUGGCCGCGACCAGUCAGGCAAUGUGCCUACCAUGCGAGGGCUGGUGUCCUUCAUCGCCGACCUCCGCAAUGCUCGCGCGCGGGAACUAGAAGAGAAGCGGAUCAACAAGGAAUUGGCAAACAUCCGGCAGAAGUUCAGAGAUGGCGGCCUGAACGGCUACCAGAAGAAGAAAUACGUGUGCAAGCUGCUGUACAUCUAUAUUCUCGGCUGGAACGUCGACUUUGGCCAUCUCGAGGCUGUCAAUCUCAUCUCGGCCAUGAAGUACUCGGAAAAGCAGAUCGGAUACCUGGCCGUCACUUUGUUCUUGCACGAAGAGCACGAACUGAUACACCUGGUAGUUAACAGCAUCAGGAAAGACUUGCUGGAUCACAAUGAGCUCAACAACUGUCUGGCCCUGCAUGCGAUUGCCAACGUGGGCGGCAAGGAGCUAGGAGAGUCGCUGAGUGCAGAAGUCCAUAGGCUCCUCAUAUCACCGGCAUCAAAAGCAUUCGUGAAGAAGAAGGCGGCCUUGACGCUUCUCCGACUCUAUCGAAAGCACCCUAGCAUUGUGCAGAACGAAUGGGCUGAGCGGAUAAUAUCGCUCAUGGAUGAUCCUGACAUGGGUGUUGCGCUGUCUGUUACAUCUUUAAUCACAGCUCUGGUCCAGGAUAAUGCGGAGCAAUACAAGGGAAGCUACGUCAAGGCUGCGAGCAGGCUCAAGCGAAUCGUGAUAGACAACGAAUGCGCAGAAGGCUACUACUACUACAAAGUACCCUGUCCAUGGAUCCUGGACUCGCACAUUCGCAACCUCAUCCGCGAGUCGUUGCAAAAGAUCAUGGACUCGGCCCUGGAAAUGCCAAAAAACGUACAACAGAAUAAUGCGCAGAAUGCUGUACUCUUCGAGGCCAUCAACCUUGUCAUCCACCUAGACACCGAACAAGACCUAAUGGUACAAAUAUCGCAACGCCUCGGCAAAUUCAUCGCCUCUAGGGAAACCAACGUGCGGUACUUAGGACUCGAAGCCAUGACACAUUUGGCCGCACGAUCAGAAACGCUAGAUCCAAUCAAGAAGCAUCAAGCCAUCAUCAUCGGAUCGCUAAGAGACAGGGACAUUAGUGUGCGGAGGCAAGGCUUAGACUUGCUCUACAGCAUGUGUGAUCCUACCAAUGCCCAGGCGAUUGUCAACGAACUUCUGCGAUACCUUCAGUCCGCAGAUUACGCGAUACGAGAAGAGAUGGUGUUGAAGAUUGCCAUCCUUACUGAGAAGUAUGCCACCGAUGUCCAGUGGUAUGUCGACAUAUCACUACGGCUGAUUGCAAUGGCGGGAGAUCAUGUCAGCGACGAAGUUUGGCAAAGAGUUAUCCAGAUUGUGACCAACAACGAAGAACUCCAGGUCUACGCCGCGCAAACGAUUCUUCAGUACAUCAAGGCGGACUGCCAUGAGACCCUAGUUAAGAUUGGAGGAUACCUUCUCGGAGAGUUCGGCCAUUUGAUUGCGGACAGCAAGGGUUGCAGUCCCAUUGAACAAUUUUUGGCACUUAGCGCAAAGAUGCGAGGAUGUUCAUCAAGUACGCGGGGGAUCCUGUUGUCAUGUUACGUCAAAUACGUCAACCUGUUCCCUGAGAUCAAACCGCAGCUUCUUCAAGCAUUCCGCGCCUAUAGCGUUUCGCUCGAUUCCGAACUCCAACAAAGAGCUUGCGAGUACUUGACGCUCGCCACGAUGCCAACGGACGAUCUACUACGAACUGUAUGCGACGAGAUGCCACCGUACCCUGAACGAACAUCGGCGUUACUUUCACGACUACACCAGAAACAUGCUACGACCAGUGAUAAGCGGACAUGGGUAGUGGGUGGCAAGGACGCGAAUGCUGAUCUCAAAGAAUUUGGUCUUGCUCGAUCGAAUACUUCCGCGGGUGUCAAGAGAAGCUUCACGGAGCCAGCACCAAAGGAUGCCAGGGCUGUAGCAGCGAAUGGAACGAACGGCGUCAACUCACUUUCUAGUGACCUUGAGGGACUAGAUUUGAACAUCGACGCGAGCCAGGUGGCCAAGGCCCCGAACCUCGCAAGCGCUGCUCACUUGAGUCCAGACUGGGAACCUGGGUAUAUCCGUCUGCUUCUACGGGGCGAGGGUGUACUCUACGAAGACCAGCAGAUACAAGUCGGCCUACGGACGGAAUACAGAGGCCAACUGGGUGCACUCAUCUUCUACUUCACCAACAAAUCAUCAUUGCCCAUCGGCUCAUUCACCACCACUCUCGACAACAGAUCAUCGGACAAUCUCAAAACAGACGUCAAAGGACUGCCCGAUACCUCUAUUGCACCUGAUGGUCAAACUCAGCAAACAAUCAUGUUCGAAUGCAAGAAUGUCUUUAAAGACCCACCGACGAUACGCAUUUCAUAUCUCGCCGGUGCUUUACAGGGUCUCACCCUUCAACUUCCCGUUCUCCUACACAAGUACAUGGAGGGUGCGGACCUGAGCUCCGAAGCCUUCUUCAAGCGAUGGAAGCAGAUUGGCGGUGCACCCCGCGAAGCCCAAAGCAUCUUUGGCCUCGUGAACAAGAAUCGCACCAUGAACUCUGAAUUUGUGCAAAAGGUGGUCAAGGGCUUCAAGUGGGGCAUUGUAAAUGGUGUGGAUCCCAACGCCAAGAACGUCGUGGGUGCUACGGUGCUGCAUUCGAGCGAAGGCAAGUUUGGUUGCUUGAUGAGGCUGGAACCAAACUUUGAUACUCGGAUGUUCCGCCUUACUAUUCGUGCGACGGACGAGUCGGUGCCCCCGGUGCUUAUCAAGGCUAUGGAGGAGCGGCUUGCUCAGGGCAUUGAGGGUUUGCCUUGA